GUAGAGUAUUUGAUUAUACGGGACAAUGUUCGCUAAAUAAGUGUUUCUUGCAUUUGAAGUCACUCGUGUUCAGACCAGAAGAGAAGUAGGCAAAAGUGUUUAUUAAAUUCUCAUUUUGAAAUUCCAACACCCGGAGGUUGAUUCACUCGUUACAGGUAGAAAAAAGAUGGGGGGAAAAUAAGUCACUAAUAUUAGAAGCUUAAUCUACGUCCUACUUUUACUUUUAAACAUGGCAUCAGGAAGUAACUCUAGAUUACAACUGAAUUUACUUCUCGACCGUUAGACACUUGAAUCAAACUUAACAGAUAAAGGCCAUAGUCGAGUCUCUGUCCGUAAUACGAUGUCGUCACCUUGAAGUCCAAACACCAACUGACGAAUACUAACAGCAACAAACUAAACCCUACUAUCAGUGACAUCACUAAAUGUCUCAUGAAAAGUCCGUCAACUACGUUGUCAUGAUGACUUUGUAUGAUGUCACUGCCCUAGAUGUAAAAUCAACAUCGACUUAUCCGAGUGACAAUAUUAAAGGGAGAAGUGCAAUUCUCAACUGUGCCUGGACUACUAGUGGCAGUGAAGAAGCUGGUGUACUAAAUAUCAAGAAAAAUGAAACAAACUAUUUCACAUGCACUGUUUAUAAAACUAACUCAUACUCAUGUGUCAAAAAUGUUCCAACGUCUCCUGACAGAUUCACAACUGUAAAUGGAGUGGGAAAUAUUUCAAUGACUAUAGGCACCUUGGAAUGUUUAGAUGAAGCAACAUAUGCCUGUCAAGUUAUUCUGUUUUAUCCAAGUGGUCAAUUCCAACAAGCAGACACAGUUUUAAGGAUAAAAAUUCCUCCAUCAGUUCCAGCAUUAAGUAUUGACCAGACUGAAGUUAUAGAAAACUCAAACAUUAAUGUUUCAUGCACUGCUACUCUGGGCUAUCCAAAUGUGGGACAGAUUGUUUGGAAAACUUACCAGAAUGGAAUACUAUUUACUCCGUCACCUUCAGACAUUAUUAUUAGCAGCACUAAUGUUGUUCAGCCUGGAGAUGACAUAUGUACAGUAAGGAAUCGAAGCAGUGUUCUUCUGAAAACCAGCAGAAACAAUCCUAAUAUCAGUUUAGCUUGUUUUGUUAUCAAUCAAGAUUUCCCGGCACCUUCUGAUGACGCCUGCACUAAUCCAACAGCUCAGUGGUGUAAUUUGACUGCCACUGUCAAUAUUGUUUAUCCAGUAUCCAACAUACAAUCGACCAUAGUGCCAAGCACUGCACUAUAUGAAGGAGAUGACAUAUUCUUAAGAUGUUCUGUUGAGGCAAAUCCAUUACCAACUUUUACUUGGACUAAAGUGGAUGACUAUAGAACACUGACAAGUGAAAUGGAUGGAUUAGUUAGUGUUCUGAGACUAACCAAUUUAAAUGUAUCAACUGAUCCUGGUGACUACAACUGCACAGCUUCCAAUGUAGUGAAAGGUGUGAGAUACACAGCUUCAAGAGUUAUUACACUCAUUAUAAAUAAAGCCACCACACCAGUUCCCACAACAACAAAUACACAAAACAGAACUGUUACAUCAGCUAAGACAACACCGAGAACAGAAAUCACAACACCUGGUCUUAACAUUGAAGUCGCUGACACUAACCCUGACAAAGUUACAAUAAUUGCAAUGGGUGUCAUUUUAAGUGCAAUCAUUGUCAUACAGUUUGUUGUUAUCCUCAUACUUAUCAGAAGAAGUCAAGGUGAUUGUCCGUGUACGAGGAAAUUAGCCGAAAGAAAACCACACAUUUAUGAUCAACCAGAAAGGCCAACUCAAUAUGAAUAUAUUAAUGAUUCCAAUUAUAAAAGUGUUGAACUUUGAAACUAGAGUUUUUUUUUGUGUGUAAAUACUUAGAUAUAGAUGGAUAUAAUAAUUAAAUCGUAUUUGUUAAAACAAAAAAAUCAAGAGAUUACAUUAUAAUGAGUAAAUACCAAAUAAUUAAAAUUAUGUUUAGCAAUCAUGUUCAUUACUGCAAUUCCCCAUUUCUUUUCAUGAACCAUGAGGUAAAUUGUACUAAUUGGAUAUAGAAUCUAAAUUAUCAUGAUUAUAUUUAACUAAUUAUAGCAUUAUAAUAUUGGUAUUUAUAAUAGUCAUCAAAUAUAUGUGAUUCCUGUCAAACAUCUAAGUCUGUUGUGUUAUAUGUAUUUUUUGUCCAUCACCUAGUAUGUAAGAUGUAGCUAUAUUUUAGUUAUUUUCUUAUAUACUUUGAAUAAUUAUAACGUCUGGACUACAUCUUUCCCAGUGUGACCAAUGCGCUAGUCAUUCUUUUCUCAACAAUAUACAUCUACGGUCAUAUUUCUAGGAACAAUGGCAAUGCCUUUUUGUAUACCGUGUGCACCCAUAACGUCCCAUUUGGAUCCAGUUUCCAAAAAUGUGCAACCCUUAUAAAGGUAUUGUAAAAAGAAAAAAACUUUAUGAAUUAGAUAUGUUAGUGUAUGUAUUUGUGUGGAAAGAAAAAAAAACAUUUAAAAAUGAUCCCCCCUUUCUCCACUGAGUAGGCCUAUAGAGGAGUUGGUCAAGAUAGCAGGUAAAUGUCCUUCUCACUCUGAAGUCAAAUUGAAUUAGGCACUUACUAGUUCACAAUAUUACAUAUGUUAGUGAUAUAAUUGUUAACUACUAGGUACAACUUUAACUAACUCUGUUUAAAGGUUAUCCAAGUUCCAGCGAUCAUUUUACUCACAACAGAUAAAAAGAGAAUCAAAAUUUACUGUAAUCGUGAUAGCGGUUCUCAGUCUUCAAUUUAUAUAGUCCUAUCUGUAUCCUUUAUUUUUUAAAAAAAAGAGAGAUCGUUGUUUGCCUUCUUCAGUCGUAGAACGACUAAGGUUCAUCUCAAACACUUUUUCAUGUGACUGUGGAGCCCUAAUUUGGAACGACACUUCUGUCCAUAUAUUUAGCAGGUUAAGGUGGCUUUCGCUUUGGUGGUAGAGAAGCCAGAUAUUUUUCGUUACACAAGCUUUUCUUUCAGAGCUAAGGCUUAUGUUUUUUUCACUGUCCAUAGCCUUCUUAAACACCAAAUCUCUCCACGUAGUGUGGUCUAAGGCUAUGUUUUCCUAAUGAUCAGUAUCAAUGUUAACUGCUUAGAGGUCCCAUUUGAUUACACCCAUGUAACGGAGGUGGGGGCGACCAGUUAUUUCGUGAGCCAGACGCGAGUUGCCUGUGAAUAAUGACUUUCAGGAUGCGAUUGUCCUCCCUCCGUAGAACAUGACCGUCCAGCGCAGGAGUCAUUGUCUGAAGAUUGCGAAGAUGCUGGGAAGACCCGGUCGUGCAAGGAUCUUAGUUUGCACACUCUUUCUUGCCAUGUGAUUUUCAAGAUCCUUCGGAGGCAGCGCACGUGAAAUGAUUUUAGUUUUCUCUCAUGCCCUGCAUAGGUAGUCCACAUCUCUCAGCCCUACAGUAGGGAGCUCAAAACAUAUGCCUUGUAGACCUCCAUUUUGGUUACUGUAGUGAGCUUUCGGUUUUCCCAUACUCUUGGUCUGAGCUUAGAAAAGGUCGAUGCAACCUUCCCUAUGCGUUUUUUUAAAAUCUCCCCUUCACUAGAGACAGGACAGAUCAUCCUGAAUUGUGUAUCCAAGGUAGCAGAAUUCAUUUACGGCAUCCAACUUGUUUUGAUCAAUGAGAAUGGAGGAUGGUGCUGUAGCAGGGGCCCCCAUGACGUUUGUUUUCUUCGUGCUAGUUCUAAUCGCUAGUCCAUACUCUUUACAGGCCUGAAAGAAGCGAGACAUUAGUGACUGGCGCUCCUCUUAUGUGUGUGUCACUACCACAGCAUAUCUCUUACAAGACUUACUUUGUACUGUGUCAUGACUUUCACUAUGCGUGUAGUUAUUUUCGCCAUUCAGUGCAAUAAAGCUUUAGAUGUCAACAAGGUCUUUGUUAUAUUUAUGUAGUACAGUACACUAAAAUACUCCUUUAAAAAAAUAACAAAGUUCAACGGGAUAUUGAAAACGAAAAGAACAAUCAAUAAACUUGAUAUCGGGAAAUAACAUUCUUUUUUUUAUCACCAUGCUCUUCAAUCUUGCUGGCAAAGCACUAUAUAUAAUCAUCUUAAAUUAGCGUGUCUGUGUCACGUUAGUUAUCAUAAAUCCUAGGAAAAUAUUGCUAUUGUGUUCAAUGGGUCUCAAAUAAAGUUAUUUUUUUUUCCAUAUAUAUUUUAUUAAAGAAAGUUUGAUAUAAAUUUAGAUUUGAUUGUUAUUUGUACAUAUAAAUUAAUUUGCCGCGUAAGCCUAUCUUUAUUUAAUUAAUUUAAUGUUUGAAACUUGAAAAGGCUGUCAUGAAUGAUGCAAACAAUGACAAGUCUUCAUGCUUUUCAUGUACAGACAAUUGAUCAUAGAAAGUUUGUAUGUUAGCGUGGUCAACUAGUCUGCAACGAAGUCUAAAGAAGGGGAGCGUAAAGGAAGUGUGCAUAAUUUUUGUAAAGGGGAAUCAAUGGCUCUCCACGACCAGGCAGUCCCUCCCCACUGCAAUUUUGAAUCUUGUCAGCCAUUCACUAGUCAGAGGUCUGUGACUGUAAGUAGCUAGAGAUCUAACCCAUAGUCAUGAUUGCGUAACCAUCCUCAAGCCAUAUAUAAAGGCGAUUUGUGACAUGUACACAUAUACAUAUAGCUAGGAGAUAAAAACAAGCCUACCUUACUUGGCUCUUAUAAUGUUUGCAACUAUUUCUGAAACAUUUACAACCUGUUGGGUGCCAUAGGGGGUUUCUACGCCCUUAGAAAAGUAUAGCGAUAACAUUAUCUAUCUAUCUAUCUAUCUAUCUAUCUAUCUAUCUAUCUAUCUAUCUAUCUAUCUAUCUAUCUAUCUAUCUAUCUAUCUAUCUGUGUGUAUCUAUCUGUGUGUAUCUA